CCCACACUUUCGUUGUACUCUCUUAUCAUGUCUUCUUCGAGUGACACAACAACAGCAUCGGCGACUACAACCAUCCUCGCUACUAAGACGACACCUCCUCCCUUCUCUCCCUCGCUUUCCUCUUCUGCUAACUCAGCUCCUCCUCCACACCCAACUGCUCCCAGCCCUUGCGCCGCUUGCAAGAGCCUCCGCCGGAGAUGCACCGUUAGCUGUCUUCUCGCGCCGUUCUUCCCGCCGACCGAGACCCUCAAGUUCACCACCGCGCACCGAGUUUUCGGCGCCGGCAACAUCAUCAAGCUGUUGCAGGACCUGCCGGAGAGCAGGAGGGCGGACGCGGUGAACAGCAUGGUGUACGAGGCGAACGCCAGGUUGAGAGAUCGAGUCUACGGGUGCGCCGGAGUCAUCUGCCACCUCCAGAAGCAAGUGGACGAGCUCCAAGAGCAGCUGGCCCGAGCGCAGGCGAAGCAUGUCAUCUUGCAAGCUCAGCACGCACAGCUGUUGGCUUCAACGGCGACGGCUCGGUCACAGCAACAGCGCCCGGCCGAGGCCACGGAUGGCGUCGUCGCCGAUUCUUGCAUGCUUCAGAACGGCGGAUACUGCGUCGACGACUGCGGCCUGGGAUCGGUUUGGGAGGAGCCCCGGUGGGCAUGAGAAAUCUGCAGGUGCUUCUCGACACGCAUGUAGGUAAUUAGCUUCUCAUGAGAUGAAACAGAGCAAGAAAGAAGUUAUCCAUGUCGUUGUAAGACAAUCAUAAAGUGCUUAUACUUUAGUGCAUAGCAUUACAAUUCUAUGAACAUAAUACUAUUCUA